GGCGCCGGAGUAAUAUGCUCACUCGAGUGAAAUCUGCUGUGGCCAAUUUCAUGGGCGGCAUCAUGGCUGGCAGCUCGGGCUCCGAGCACAGCGGCGGAGGCUGCGGAGGCUCGGACCUGCCCCUGCGCUUCCCGUACGGGCGGCCGGAGUUCCUGGGGCUGUCUCAGGACGAGGUGGAGUGCAGCGCCGACCACAUCGCCCGCCCCAUCCUCAUCCUCAAGGAGACCCGGCGGCUGCCCUGGGCUACUGGAUACGCAGAGGUUAUCAAUGCCGGGAAGAGCACGCACAACGAAGACCAGGCCAGCUGCGAGGUACUCACCGUGAAGAAGAAAGCAGGGGCCAUUGCCUCCACCCCCAACAGGAACUCCACCAAGAGACGGUCCUCCCUUCCCAAUGGGGAGGGACUGCAACUGAAGGAGAACGCGGAAUCGGAAGGCGUUUGCUGCCACUACUGGUCGCUGUUCGACGGGGGCCCCGGCUCCCCCGGCACCCCGCCCACGCGCUUCUUCACCGAGAAGAAGAUUCCCCACGAGUGUCUGGUCAUCGGGGCCCUGGAGAGCGCGUUCAAGGAAAUGGACCUGCAGAUAGAACGAGAAAGGAGUUCAUAUAACAUAUCUGGUGGCUGCACAGCCCUCAUUGUCAUUUGCCUCCUUGGGAAGCUGUAUGUGGCAAAUGCUGGGGACAGCAGGGCCAUCAUUGUCAGGAAUGGAGAAAUCAUCCCCAUGUCUUCGGAAUUCACCCCCGAGACGGAGCGCCAGCGACUCCAGUACCUGGCAUUCAUGCAGCCUCACUUGCUGGGAAAUGAGUUCACACAUUUGGAGUUUCCAAGGAGAGUGCAGAGGAAGGAGCUGGGAAAGAAGAUGCUCUACAGGGACUUUAACAUGACAGGCUGGGCAUACAAAACCAUUGAGGAUGAUGACUUGAAGUUUCCUCUAAUAUACGGAGAAGGCAAGAAGGCCCGAGUGAUGGCAACUAUCGGAGUGACCAGGGGACUGGGGGACCAUGACCUGAAGGUGCAUGACUCCAACAUCUACAUAAAGCCAUUCCUGUCUUCAGCACCAGAGGUAAGAAUCUACGAUCUCUCCAAAUAUGAGCAUGGAGCAGAUGAUGUGCUGAUCCUGGCAACGGACGGACUGUGGGAUGUUUUAUCAAAUGAAGAAGUGGCAGAAGCAAUCACUCAGUUUCUUCCUAACUGUGAUCCUGAUGACCCUCACAGGUACACACUGGCAGCUCAGGACCUGGUGAUGCGUGCUCGUGGUGUCCUGAAGGACAGAGGAUGGCGGAUAUCUAAUGACCGACUGGGCUCAGGAGAUGACAUUUCUGUAUAUGUCAUUCCUUUAAUACAUGGAAAUAAACUGUCAUGAAAACAACUCAGGGGAUUGGAAGAUCAGAAGGAAGAAAGCUGGGAUGCCUCUUGGCAGGGCAGGACUGGGAAGUGCCCCAGCAGAGUUCCAGAUGGUGCCACCUCUUCCCAGCCCAGAUGGAGAGUUUGCUGCCCAAAAGCCUCCGGCUGUGUUUCAAGAGGAUCAAUAGGUUUCAGUUACUGCUAUAGUUAACAAGUCUGGAUACUCAACAAAAGCAAAACCUAAAGGCUGCUACUGAGUGUUGUUUCUUUUGGUUCCUUCAAUAGGCCUCCUAAGUGGCCAGUGCCUAUUUUGGGCACAUAAUCAUAUUUAUUUUAACUGGAAUGCUGGGGCAGCCAUUUUCAGGUGUAACUGGCAGAAGACUCUUCGUCUGUCAAGCUGCCAAUUUGUCUACGGGUUGGAACGUUGGGGAUCAUGCCUCAGAAAGUGUGAGCGCCCACCUUCUACUAAGCCUGAGAUUUAUUUCAGGGAAUGCUAUCUAUGUGUGUGUCUCUCUCUAUUCUUUCAUGAUGAUGAUGAUGGGGUGAGGUAGGAAUUUUUUUUUAAUUUCUUGAAUCUUAAUUGUUUCCAUAGAACAGGCCUGGGACUUUCCAACUCCUUGCUGAGGAAUUUGUGUGUCCAAGUCCAACCCAGGCUGUCACUGUAUCCUGUAACCCACACCACCCAGGCAGACCUCUGGAGCAGUGCCCUGGCUAACAGAGUGCUGUCUUUGUUGUGAAAUAAUUUGUUUCUAGGUUGAUUUUUUUUUCCUACUAAAUCAGUGUUUUCACGAAAUUUGGGGUAUUUCUUUGGGCCAGCAGUUCCUCUUUUGUCUUCAAGGGUCUCCCUUGUGUUGUUUGAGGUUUCUGUUGGUUUCUGAAUCUGGGUUUUCAUUUCUGGAAUGAUUGCUUCCAGAUCCCAACCCAUCCUUGCUGUGCCACAAGUACACACGUAAAGCAGUGUUUAAUAGAGCUGUAUGGGAAGUCCCUUAAUGUCAGUCAGUUUCACCACACCUCAUUUCAGAACCUUUCCUCCACUUUAAAUCCAGGUUCCAUGGGCUGCAAGGGUUCCCAGGCCCACUCCAAAUAAUGUGUAAGUAUCAGAGUCUGUCAGGGAACAGCAGGCCCUCUCCCCACCAUCUUUGGACAAGACCCACUCAGACUGAAUUUGAUGAAACAGAAUUUGAAUUGGGUUGACUGGCCAUUCACAUGCUCCUUCUCCAUGGAAUCAGGUCCCAACCACCCAACCACUUAGACUACUGUUCCCUCUGAGUGUUCCUCAUGGAGCAUCCACAGAAGCAGUGGACACAUCAGAUCUGCCAGGUGCUUCACUGCCCGGAGGAACUGAAAAAUUAGCAAUCCCUUCUAUCUCUUAGACUGCUGCUCUGCAUGGGUACCUUGUAGAGCAACAUCCCAUUACUGAGCCUUCAUCCUGGAGAGCUCCUGUGGUAUCACCACCAUCUGGACAACUUCUUGUAAUUAAAACAUUCAAUGAAGAAAGAGUCAUUGCGGUGGUCCCCCAAAAUGCUGGAGAGCCAAUUCCAGUUCUCAUGUUUUUGAAACCCUUCCCCACAGGAGAGGACAGGACCUUUCCUCCCGGAGAGUUCAUCGCCUGCAUACCUGGAUUUAUAGAUUUUUUUUAGGAAUGGCCAGGAGCCUUCCUAUUCUAUGUUCAUCCCACAGUGUGGAAACAGUGCUCAGCCUGGUGGGUGAAGUACUGUGGGAAUUCAUCCAUCAGGUGGUUGCCAAAAUGUUGUCUGGGAAGAACUGGACUACAACCUUGUCAGGCAUCCUCUUCAUCUGGUAGCGUCCCUCCUCCUCUGAUAAAUCUUAGCUACCCCAAUCACUCUGUGGAGAGAAGUUUAUGGUAGACAGUUUGCUUCUCUGACAGAAUAUUAUGUUAUGGAAAAACAUGCAGGCAUCCUACAGCAGUGUGGUCCAUUUUCUGUACCUGCCUUGACUCCCUAACCCACAUACAAAUUGGAAUCUUGAGAGUUUCCCUUGGAGGAUUCCAAGUUAUCAGCUUUAGGAAGCAGUCACCUCUUUCCUAUGUUUCCAUUGCCUUUCAUUUCUUUUCCCUUUCCUGAGCUUUUAUGUACUCCCUAUCUUGAGCUUCUCCAGUUUUAAUUGAGCCACAAGAGUCAGAGUGUCGAUGCAGACAUGUAGAUGUGACAUGUCUUAAUUCAUCAAUUCAUUUACUGCCAAGGCAUGUCUCAGGAAAAACUCUGGAACUCCCUUAUUCAGUGUAUCCUAGUCUUGCACAUUUAGUCCUACUGCUUUUAGUUGGGUAACUAGGAAUUCUUUUCAUAAGCCCCGUUGGGUAAAAAGAGCUCAGUAGCAAGCUGAAGCCAUGAUUCUAUUGGGAGUAUGGGAGGAAAACUACAAAUGAGGUGAAUAAAUCAAAUGUGGAAAAAAUUAUUUGUUAUGCUCAUGGAAAAAUCUACCCAGUACUAAUACUGCUCUGUGCAUUGAGCUUACUCGGUUUUAGCUUUAUUUUUUACCCAGACCCUACAUCAUCCCAUCUCAGAGCAGUAACGGUGUCUACAUAACAGGUAGGGUCCUGGAGCAUUCCUGGAAGGGUCUAAAGGUAACACUCAAAAUUCUGCAGAAUGUAUGUAUACGUGGUUCUGAAAUCUUCCGUAUCUGAGUUUGUAGCCAAAUCUGCUUGUCCUCAUAGCCUCAGAGGAAGUCUUGUUUUCCUAGUCAAGUCUUUAUGGUUGUCUUGGGGGUGUGCGGCCACUUCCUUUAAUGAAAGGCUCUUCCAGUUCUAAAUCUUGUUGUUGGGCUGGUCCCUGCUCUUUCAAAUAUCUGACACUUCAAAUUUACACUUCAUCCACACUGCAGCAUCUUCCCAGGCAACAGCCAAACCUUUGUUAUCUAAACACCUGAAAUCAGAGCAGUGCCAGCAGUCAGAAGGAGGAGGGGAUGUUCUGCAGUGGUUGUGUUUACAUAACUGCUACUCUUGGAUAGAACUGAAAAUCAGUUAGGCCAACUACUAAUAAGACAAAGCCCCCCACCGCCCUCCCUCAAAGUGGGAAUUUCAGUUCUUUUCCACAGUAUUCAGCUUUGGGAAAUUUAGGGUGCUUAAUUUUUUUAAUCCUUAGCAAUUUACCUCCAUGGGACUAUGUGAAGUCAGCUGUGCUCACUCUCUUCUUACUCUUUUAAGUAUUCAUUUAUUUUUGGGAGACCUACCGCAAUAGAUAGAUAUUGGUAGGCAGGGAUGAGUGUCCUGGUACCCAGAUUUGGCCUAGGAUCGUGGCCAUUCAGGAAGGGUUUUCUGGUUUACCAGGAAGAUUAGAAAGAAAACACUUGGAAAAAAAAUCUCCCAAAUCUUUAAAACUCUAAUUCUCCUCUUGAUCUCACCUCCUUUCGCAUCUGCCCGUCAACUUUAAUUUACAAGGCCACAAGUGGUCAGUGGUUUUCUUUCCACCACAGUUUGAGGAUCUUGCCAUUCCUUAAAUGACCCAGCAGUUCCACUCUUUUCAGAGUGAAUCUAUUAAGCUUUUAUGAGUUUCUAUUUUCAGUAAGUUAGUGCUUCUGGGACACUUGGAGAAAGCAGUGAGAGUCAUUGUCUAUGCAAAGAACAACCCGGCUGACCCAAAAACUUACCAGAUCUAAGAAAAAAGUAAAAAGCAUAUAACAGGAACUUGGAUUUUUGAGGAUUUACAACUGCAGAGAAAUUUUGCAGCCUGCACCCCAUAGCCCAUCUUGCUGAGCAAACUGGUUUUGUGUUGGUGACGGGGAUUUUUCAAGACACUACAUGAGCAGCCCAAUUUGCCUCUUAUGUGAGCACCAUAUCUGAGUGCCAGUCUGAGGAGCACUGCACUUUCCAAUUCAUGGCAUUAUCUGUAAAUAGCUUUAAUUUUUCCUUUGCAUCUUAGAUGCAGUUUUGUUCAUGCAGAGACCAGGUAGACAGUGACCAAAUGAGGCUGUACGUGUUGUUGUUUUCUACUAUGAUGUACUUGAAGGAGAACCUUGUGUCCUCCACUCUUCUAAUCCUCCAUAGUAUUUGUGUUUGUUUGAGGCGUCCUGAGGUUACUCCUUCCCUCCUGUUUUGCCUCCAUUUUCUUUGUUUCUUCUGGAGACCCAGGGAGGCCCACAGUGGAGACCAUUUGUAAGGAAUGUAUCAUAAGGUCUGGGUUUCCAGAAACACCCUACGUGCAGUGAAUGAGAGGAAUAUGCCUGAAAAUGAUUUCAGAACCAUGUACCUUUAUGCUUUGUGAUUGUGAAAUCUUGACUUUUGUAACCCAAAAGUGAAAACUGUUUAGUAAUGGGGAUCUAUUUUGUGUGUUUCGAAACUUAGGUGCAAUGUUCCCUGGAAAAAGCUAAAGAAAUGUAUAUGCUCAAUUAUGUUUUAAAAUAAAAUAUUAUAUAUAUGUAUA